AUGGGAGGCAAAGACGCGAACCCUGCUCUUUCAAGAGCUUCUCGCGAUGCCAACGCCUCGGCUGGCACCCUCUCUGCUUCAAGGUUCAGCAGCAAUGCCCCAUUUUAUCGCCAGUUCCUGCCGGCUCAGCUCUCCAACAUCUCUCCCAACGACUCAAUACCCUCACUGGACGAGCUUUCCGCGUUGGCAAAGCACCUUAGCAGGAUCAAAACGGAAUCAGCCGCUCGACUUUCACGACUCGAAUCACGCUCGUCCGACCCGCUGAGACCCAUCUUCUUUUCCGCACCAAACGACCUCUUCAGCCCGCCCGGUCUCUCGAACAACUCGCUCAACCUCUACUCGGAUUCGUCCAGACAAACACCUCGUGGCACUCCAGCUUCAGUCCCUACGUCUAAGAACCAAAAUGUACGAGAGCGUUCUUUCGCCUCGCCUGCACCUUCCUCUUCCGCAUCAAAUCUCAAUGGCACCUCCAGCGGUGGUGCAGGCGGCGCAGUGGCAUCCAAGAACAAGGUCAAGAUCAAGCGGGAGAGAGACAAUGACAGUGCUCCGGCAAGCUCAUCAGCUCUCUACUCGGACGCAAAAUCGCCGCACAAGCUAGGAGGAGCCGGAGGAAAGGCAAAUCCUCGCAGCAAGGCAGUAAGGGGCCAAAGUCUAGAUAUAGGUGCUGAUGAUGAAAGUGUCGCCUCCACCGACCCUGAAUGGGAUCUCGAUGAAGACUCCAUGCCUAGUCGGCCUGGUCGCACUUACGCAAAGAACAAGAAACGCAAACGCAAGGAUGUCGAUGCUGACUCGAACGACGAUGAGUCUGGUUCUGAGUUUGAGGCUGGCGCUAUGCUAGGCGCUGCCGGAUCCGCACGCGGCGCAUCUACGUCCAAGCAUGUUGGCUCGUCAGCAUCUGGCGCAGCAGCAAGGUCAGCAGCAUCAGCAGCAACUGCAGCACCGGGUCCGCUAUCUCGUAGAGGCUCUGAGGUCGGCACCCCCGCCAGUGUUGUCGGGACUCCAAAGAUCCCUAGUAUUGGAAUGCGGCUCAAGGCAAACACAGGUGCAAGCAAUGCAGCAACACAGGCAACUCCCGGCUUCCUAAGAAAAGCUUCUGACGGGACGAAUGUCUCAACGAGGCGCAACAGCGUAUUGCCUUCGCCUUCUCCGCUUCCAUUAACACCCUUAGCCCAGUCAGCCGCAGCCGUCGCACCUCCAAUCAUCUACCAGCCGGCACCGGGCUGGGAGUUGCCCGCACGCACGCCAACCACCUUCAUGCCUCACCUGGAAAUGUCGCGCAAACCACGAGCAUAUCCUACCAAACCAGGCGAGGUCAACGAAGACUUUGCCAACAAAGACUGGAAAGAGAAGGAGCGCGAACGUGAUCGUCUGCUUGAGCGCGAGAGCAUAGGUCCAGGUACUCCAGGGGGACCAGGACCUGGUCAGAGUUUGGUUAAGGAGGCAACUACUGGUAGAAGGGGAGGACGAGACUUGCAGCAGACUCCCAUCAAUACGUUUUACAAUUACGCGGAUGCCUUCUUCAAAACCCUGACCGAGGAUGACUUGGCAUGGCUCUCGAGCAAGUCGGACGACCACGAGCCAUUCCAGAUGCCUGCGCUUGGUCGUCACUAUAAGGAAGUGUGGGAAGAGGAAGAUGCAUUGAUGGCCAGUGGUGCCGUGGAUGCGUACGGUAAUCCGCUUUCCGCCCUUUCGCGGUCGCCUUCCGUUAGUAUUGGUGUGGGCGGAGGUCUACCCUUGGAUGUGAACGCCCUUGCAGCAGCCAGAAACGGCACAACAGACGAGAAGAAGCAUGCAGCACGGUCUGAGCUCGAGAUUCCACCGCCGCCAUUGUUCCGAGUCAAGCAGAUGACGGACCAGCAUUUGGGCUUCGAGUCACCUGCUGUCGUUGAUGCCCGCAGUGGACCUCUUUCAGAACGGCUAGUGGCAUCGUUGCUACCUUCACACAAGGACGAGGAUGACGAUGAUCCCAACCGGACAGCAGCUGGAGCGAUCGACGAUACCAGGUCUGCGCUGUCACAAUCGAUGCUUGCACGUCUCAAUGGAUACCCAAGACCAGAAGAUGAGGAUGGCGAGGAUGAGGAUGCAGAUGGCGAACCGGAUCUGGAUUGCGAUGGUAUCGUGCAGGAUCAGCACAUGGCCUCCUUCGAGGAACGUAUUGCUAAGGAGCUCAAGGCGCUGGAAGUGCUGGGUGCUGAUGAGACCCCGGACUGGUCUACACGCGCCGACGAUGAGAUCUCAGCCACGCUCAGAAUGGUGCAACGCGAGCUAGCACGUCAACAAAAGGUCAACGAGAUGCGCAAGGAUCGCCUCUUCGGCAUUGCUAAGGACCGAAUGGCGUAUCAGGACUACCUCAACUGCCUCAACUCGGUGGAGAAGGAGAUUGAAGCCGGCUGGACGAGGAGACUGCGACAGAUUAAGGCGAGCCUCAGCAAACGCAAGAAGGGUGGACACAAUGCUCACCACGACGAGCCGUCUCUGUCACAAUCCCAGGCCAACGGGAUUCAGUCAGCGACUGGUACACCGCAGCCUGGAGGCGCACCCUACAAUGGACCUGUUCGACCGCAGCUGCCAGAGAACCUGGUCAGUGCUAUGGAACGUCGUGCAAAGCUUCAAUAUGCCUUCAAGGAGCUGUUUGACGAGGCUAAGCAUGCCUGGCAGACACCCACCGAAAGCGUCUAUGCGGAUCUUCAUUUAGAUCAGGUCGAGUGA